UUAAUUUUCCCUUAGUUUCUUUCCAUUACAGCAAAAACAAUCUUCAAUCUCUGAAGUCACACAACUUUUGAUGUUACAUUGAUGAAGUCCUAAAGACAACUAAGAUAAGCAACAAAUCAUUUACACUUGUCUACAACAUGGGACUUUGUCUGAAAGCAUGAAAGAGAGAUACAUAGUAAUUAACUGCUUCAACCUUCAAAUUGAUUUGCCUUCAAUAAGUUCCUUUUUCUUUGGGUCCUCUGGCGCGUCUCACCCACUUUAUCAGGCCUCUGUCGCAAUCCAACAUAACAUAGCCGCACAUUUUGAUCCCUCUUCUUUUCCUUUUAUUUAUUAUAUCUAAACUUCAUAUCUGCAUCAUCACUUUCGAAAAACGUCAAAAUUUCCCACUUAUUCUUCUUCACUGUCUCCUCCCGUGUCUCAACCACUAUCUCAAUUCCAUUAAAAGGAAAUAAAACCAAUAAAUGAACAAUAAAAUCAAAAGCAUAGCCAUUUUACCCGCCACAUUUAUGCAUAGAGUUUCUAGUUUUCUAGUUUAUAAAUCCACACACCCACCACACACCUCAACGUAAACUAGCUAAUAAUAGCUAUAUUAUAUCAUUGUGUUGCAUUGCAGCACAAGGCUUGAUCUUGGUGAACCAUGGACUGGUUCUCGUGGUUGUCCAGGACCAGCCUAGAACCCUCCCUCAUCUACGACUAUGGCCUUGCCUUCGCCCGCAAUGAGCUUCAGUUGGAAGAUGCCAUCUACUUCAACCACGAGUUUCUUCAGAGCAUGGGCGUUUCCAUCGCCAAACACAGGCUCGAAAUCCUCAAGCUUGCCAAAAAACAAGAUGGGGCACCCAAAAGCAACAAGCUUUCUGGGGUCAUCAAGAAGUGUCUCAAGAAGUGCUUCAGCCUGGUUUCGCGUGAUGAUCAUGAUCAUCAAGACACGAUGAUGAAGAAGGAGAUGCCACCCGAGCCAAACUGGUACCAAGGGAAGUGGAGAAGAGCCAGGCACAACAAUGAGGAAGUGAAGGGAGAGAACAAGGGAGUGGUGCAGAGAAGCAGGAACAUUGCACUGUCAGGGCCUUUGGAUGGAACAAAUGGAAGAGUGUUGCAUGAGAAGAUGAUGAACAACAGCAAGUUGAUGAUGAAGUUGUCUGGUCCUCUUGAUGGAAAGGUGAAUAAUGGCUGUGAGAGAGUGGUGUUUGCAAAUGCAAAUAGAAGUCCUAUAAUGAGUUCUGCUCCUGCUAAUAAUGGAAGGUUCGUUGGCACAGCAAAGAGUCCUAGACUUUCUGGGCCACUCGAUGCAAGAUCAGUGGUCUGUAAUAGAAGUCCAAGGUUACCUAGGCCUUUAGAUGAGAGGGCCUACAGUAAGGUCAGAGCUGAUGCAGCAGCAGAUUAUGAUGAUGAUGAUUAUGCAAUUUGGCCUACUUUGUUUGAAGAUCUUAAACCAACUUAGAUCAUAUAUAUUUUGUGUUUGUGUUCUCUCGGCUUAUUUUAACACUUUGAUGACGAGUGAUUGCAACGCUUUUUCGUACAAUAAUGACAGGUAGUACCACAUGAAAAUUAUUGUGAUCUUCACUGCAACUGUUUUUCUGUGUCUCAACUAUGAGAUCACAUCAUUUUUCGACAA